GGAUUGGGUGAGACUCGUCCCUGAGAGUGAGCUUGUACACAGUUGUGUUGUCAAAAGAGUGCUUGGCACAUAGUAAGCUCAGGAAAUAUUGGAUAGAAGGGAUAGAGAGAGGAGAGGGAAGGGAAGGACCUGAAUCUGGAUGUCAAGCACACCCCUUUGCAACUGAUUGUAGUCAGCUCCCAGAUGGAGCAGGUGGAGGGAAACGGGAGUUAGGGUAAGGGCGCCUUUACUGGAAGACAAGGGAGACUGCAGGGCAGAGGUCUGUGCUGGGGCCUGAAGAUACAGGGAUUGGUGGUGCUCCCUGGACAGAACCCAUGGCCCCUGGCCCUCCACCUCCUCUCUGAUCAGAAGCCUCCUUGGCGCAGCUGAUCCUAGGAUGGGAGCAUAAGGUGGCCAGAGCUCACCGUGCCUUUCCUCUUUCCAGGACCUUGGCACUUAAAAGGUGCUGAAGAACUGAGCCCCCUCCCCACUCGGCCCCACAGGCCAGGUGGGGCCAUGGCAGGGCACGGCUGUCUGGGGCUGGGGCUGUUCUGCUGGGUCCUGAUUGCUGUUCCUGUGGGCCCCCAGCUUGCCUCCUCCAUCCCAGGUGCCCCUCUGGCCACUUUGACCCCCCCACCCCAGAGUGAGACCUCUAUACUGUCUCUCAACCUGGGACUUAACUUCAAAUUCCAUCUUCGGGGACCUGCCGCUGCCUGGGGAAACCCUGUCACAGAAACCCAGCUCUCUCCAGGGUCCAGUCAGGAGCCAGAGGAAGAGGUGGCCAGUGGACUAAGGACCGACCCCCUUUGGGAGCUGCUGGUGGGUUCCUUUGGCAACUCCCCUCCAGAAUGGGGCUCUGCUGAAGGCAGCUCAACCCCCUGGGCCUCCUCCCUGCCUCUCCAGUCCACAGCCCCUCUCUCUGCACCCACUGACCAGCCCACUGCUCCCUAUCUGCGAGGGAUGAACACUGUGACUUGGGAUACUGCUCUGAUGGCUACAGCACCCCCACCCAGUGUUCCCAGGCCUCCCCAAAGUGAGCUGGAGCUGAAGUUUGAUGUUGCACUGAGAGCAGGUACAGCCCCCACACUUGGGCAUCGAACGCUUCCUCUGCUGCCCAGCCUGCGUGCCAGCUUGGCAGAGAUUGCUGGGCGCCUGGGCCCCUUUGGGUUCUUUGGCACUACUCUGUCCCCGCUCCGGAACUUCUCGGGCCCAAGCCCCUCAGACCCAACUACAUCUCCGCCCCCAGGCUCUUCCUCUGGAAUCUCAGAUGCUCCGGGGUUCUUUGAUCCCACUCUGUCCCAGUCCCCAGCCUCUCUGGAGAGAAAGCUCUCAAGUCCAAGCCCACGGGAGCCAGCUGCUUCCCUAAGCCCUGUCUCAACUAUAACCACAUCACAAGAUCCCACCCUCCCCAUGUCUGGCCCAGCUGACCCCUCUCCUGCCAGCCCUGGGAACCCUUCCGUGCCAGAGUGUGGGCCAGCGUCCUGCAGCAUUGGACAAAUGCCGGAACAUGAUGCCCAGCCACCGGCAGCCCCACUGCCUCUGUUCUUCCUGACCCUGGAGGCCGACUGGGCAGAAGCCCGGGCGCGCUGGGGGCUGGCUUGGGAAGCUCACGUGUACGGGGUAGGGGCGCUCUUCGGCCUCGUGGCCCUGCUGGCCCUGCUGGCCCUGGCCCUCCUGCCCUGGCGCUGCCCGCCCGGCGCCCCCUGCCUGGCGCUGCUGGACCUGCUCCUGCUCUCGGCUGGGACCACGCGCGCCUUUCCGCUCUUCUACGACGCCUACGGACACCGCGACCGGCUGCCGGCGCUCGCCUCGCUUCUUUCGGGGCUCCUACUGGUGCUCUCUUGCUUGGGGGGUCGGCGGCGGCGGGCAGGAGCGCCUCUGGGAGGGUCUGGCUUCAAGGGGGCCACCCCUCUCCCGCUGGCGCGCAGUCCGUUUGCCCCGCGGGAGUCUUGGCGGCGCGCUGCGCGGACGGCGCCGGUGGCGGGCACCUUCGGGCUGCUGAGCGGAGCCCUGCAAGGCUAUGAGGUGCUGCACGCCCUGGGCUACGGCGGCCAGCCUGGCCUCGAGGGGCCCUGGCCCUGGUGGGCCUUCCAGCUGGGCCUGCGCCUGGGAGAGGUGGGUGUCGCGCUCCCGUUGGCGCUGCUGGGCCUCUAUCCUGCGCUCUGCAGCCCUCGAGUUCCGCCGCGCUGCUGGGCCAAGCUCUUUCGCCUUUCCCCUGGACACGCUGCCCCUCUGCUGCCCGGAGGCUGGGUCACCGGGCCCCAGGACAAGGAACCUCUGGGUAGCGCCAUCGCCCGCCGGGACGCUGAGCUGCUGCAGCUGUGUGCCCUGGCAGGGCCAGGCCCUGACCUCCUACUCCAGGGAGGGGCCUGUCGGGGCCUGGACAGUGCGGUGGCCAACCUGGCCCCUUCUUCAGCCUCCUCCCCCUGUAGCGAUUACACCGUGGACUUCCACCCGCCCUCCCCAAUUAACCUUCGGCGCAGCAUCGAGGAAGCCCUUUGCAGCGAGGCCCUGCUGCCCGGCCUUUUCCAGGGUCCUGCCUUUGGGGAAGCCCUUCCUGGCCUCGGUCUCUACCGCACAGCCUCUCUGGGGGACCAGGAGGCUGCCGGCCCCAGUGGGAGGUCUGAGGAGGUGCCUGCUUCCUCCAUACUCCCACUCCCGGAGCUUCCUUCUCCUGAGGCCUGGCCAGUGGGCAGCAGCGCUUCCUCUGGCUCACUGUGUGGACUCUCCCGGGACAGCUCAUCCAUGCUGCUGUGUUCCAGCCCAGACAGGCCUCCCCGCUGUCCACUGGUCUGCGUCCUCAGUCCGCCUCGGCCCUCAGGAAGCAGCCCAAACCUUCCAGCCUCUGGAUCCUACCAGGCCCUGUCCCCACCGUCUCGCGACUCCCCAGAGCCUGCUCCCGAGCUGCAGGCUGAAGAGGCCUUCCUGCAGGAACAAUUCUUGGAUGCCUGCCGACAGAUUGACGAGCUGAGCAUGGGCAGCGACACCAUAGAUCUGUGAAGAGGUGGCCCUCUCUCACUACCUGGGCCAUACAUGUCCUGUCAGGCGCCUGCUCUGCCCAAGACCUGAACACUGUAACCCGUUCCCAAUCCUGCCUGGCUCAGAUACCUCUCCUGGCUUCCUUCCCAUCCAGAGGUCCCUGGGUGGGUAGGUCAGGAGCCUGGCUCUGUUGAUUGGGUCAUAGCCCCACCUUCUCUGGAGCCCUGGGCACCGAUUCCCUCAGCUGCAGGUCUAGGCUGGCCAGGGUCUCUCUUCCCUUGGCAUUCACCAGCAAUAAAGCUCCAAGGUGCUCCACUCCGGACCACUCCCCACCUGGUGCUGAGUGAGAGGGGCUGUCCUCACAAGAGCUUGGCCUCAGUCCCUAUACCCACCUCUGCCUUACCCAGGAACCUCACCCCUCGGGAGUGAGACUCCCCACCCUCUAAGUGCCCCUUCCCCACAGAAGGGUUCUUGGCCUGUAUAGGAGACGUCACAGCAGUUGGGUGGGAGAUGAGCGCUUUCAGAGUUAAU